AGACACGUCCGGUCAAAACAGCGAACCUCCCUUACUUUGGCCUGCAUUGCACUCCACCUUCUCUCUCCAAAAACCUUUUAAGCUUUUCCAUUUAUCCCCUCUCUCUAUUGCCAUCACCUGAAACCAAUAACAUAUACAUAUAUAAUUUUGUAUUUGUGUUUGUUUUGUAUAGUUUUGAAUCAUAACAAGAGAGAUAUGGGUUUAUUGAAAGAAGGAAGACCAACACGAGUGCUGAGAGGAGUUAAAACUCUCUUCUUCCUGUUCACCAUGCUCAUCUCUCUCCUCCUCUUCUCCGCCCCAGUCAUUCUCGCCAUCGCCGACGCUCUCCUUCCUUCAGCUCUCUUGUCCGCCUCUCUCUCUCCUAAUUCCCCUCUCUCUCUACAAACAAUCUCAUCUCACUUGAGAAAUUACGACUUUCGAUACUCUCUCAUCGACAUACCUCUCAUUUCCCUCAUUAGAUCAGCUCUCAUACUAUGUGUUUAUAGUUGUUGUGAUGGACCGAGGCUAUCGAGGGGACCGUAUUUGGGAAUAGCGACGGUGUGUUCAGUGUGUUCAUUGGUGUAUGUAUCGUUGAAAGCUUCGUUUGUGUUUGGGAAUUCGACAAUGGAUAGAAGAGGAGGAGGGUAUGUAAGAGGUGUGGAGGUGGCUUUGUUCGUGUGGUCGCUGGGUUUGGCAGUAGCUCACGUACUUGUGGCCUAUAAAACUAGUUGCAGAGAGAGAAGAAAACUCCUUGUUUACAAAAUUGACAUUGAAGCUAGGAGGAGGAGGUAUGACAAAUUCAAAUUGGGAAAAUUGGAGCCGUUCAAAGUUGCUGGCCUCUGCCUGGGCCCAGAGGCUACAACCACAAUUUUGAUUUGUUUCAUUAGUUGACCCCCCAACUUGAGAAUGGCUGCGAAUCCAAUUCCUAUUCUAGAAGAUGGCUUUUCAAACAAACAGUAAAGAUCUGUGAAUAUCAUUUUUAUGGUUUUUGCUUAGCUAGGCUGAGACUUUAUUUAUUAAGCCACCUAUAUAUUAAUGCUAAUUGAGGCAGUUUGCUUGGAUGUGGUUUUGGAUCUUGUUUUUGUUGGUUUUUCUUUUAUUUUUUUCUUUUGUUUGGUUGUUGUUUUUGGGUUUGUCUGGGUUUAAGUCCUCUGUUUUGGGUUUGUUUGGUUGUUUUCUUUGAGUCUAUCAGUGUGGAUUUGCAGUACGAGCACAGGCACGAAAUGUGGAUUCGAAUAUUUUCAUAGUUUUUUCUUCCUCUGUGCUUUACACUUUAUUUUCACUUUGUUUGGUGUAAGUUUUGGGUUGGAUGGACUCAUGUAAAUGCCGUUUGGCUUCCUAAAUGAAAUAUUUCUUCUGAUCAAAACAAAACAAAAAAAAAAGUUACAUCAAUUUUACAUUCAUAUUUGCCAAAUAGUCCCCACUUCAUUUAUAUAUGAACUCAGCACUUUGAAAUAUAUGCAGUUUACAUUCAACUAUAUAUUUUAAAGGCAUAGUUUAAAUUCACGAUAAUCUUACAAAAAUACAGAGUACAUAGUGCAAUGUUAAUAGGAAAAUGUUAGAGAUCUCAAAUGUUUUAUCAAUAUUUCUAUCAAUUGUUUUACAUGAAUAUAGGACUCACAUGAGUCCUACAUGGCGUGAGUCCUAUACCCGUGUGAGACAUUUGGUAAAAUAUUUAGAGUCCCUAACAUUACUCAUGUUAAUAACAUUGUAUACAUUUUAAUUAGAUAUGAAUUCAUCCAAAAUGAAUCAUUUUAUGAUUUUUUUAUAAAUAUUUUAAUAUUAAUAUUAUUUUUUCUCUUUUGGCCUGGUAGAUAAGAUGCUCAUUUACUAAACUGAUAUUUAAAUUUGAGUCUUUUCAUUACCAAUUUCUUAUUUGGUGUGAUUUAUUAUAAGUUAAAAGCUGAUAAUUAAAAAGUAUAAAUUAAUACAUGAUUACCUCAACUUCUAUAGAUAAUUAAUUCUUUUUUUAGCAUUUUUAAAAUGAUUUUUUCCUAAUAAGUUGUCAGUAGAAAUUCUACCAAAUAAUCAGACACAAACUUUCAAAUUAAAAUAAACUAUAAACAAGUCAUUUAAACAGUAACAAACACCUUCAAUAUAAUUUUCUUUCUCCUCUCUAUCAAUCAAUUGCUAAAUAAAUAAUUACUAAUCCCUAUAUUUAGGUUAUCCCACCUGUGGUGGGCUCCAAGGCAUGCGCCAUUUGACUUUACUCACACUUUGCCCACAAAAUUGAUGAACAUGAUCUUAAAUCUAUCUACUUUGUUCUUUUGAAUAAGUUUCUUCAUCAUUUUAAUUUUAUUGGUUAAAGAGUUGACACUUACAAUACAAUUAA